AUGUUCAACCUUACUGUUGGGGCGAUUGAUGCGAUAAAUAACGGGAAGAAUGUUGAUGAGCCUGUUCUUAAGUUGCUGGGUUUCAAGAGCGUUCCAGGUGGUGGUGGUGGCCAAAAUCGUUAUCGAUUGCUUCUUUCUGAUGGUGUAAAGACCCAUUCAUUUGCGAUGCUUGCUACUCAACUGAAUCACCUCAUCGAUGAGAACAAACUGGUUACCAAUUCUAUAAUACGCGUUAGGAAGCAUGUUUGUAACAACAUCCAAAAUAACAAAGUUGUACUUAUCGUCUUGGAUCUUGAUAUACUUGGUACGGAUGAUCCAUCAGGUGAUUUGAAGUCCGAGCAAACAACGGCGAUACCCAAACCAGUAUCCGCCCCAGCACGUUCUUUUGAACCGGAGCAGAAAACACCUCCGAAGCCUUCUACUGGUCCUUUCUCUGGGGUCAACCGAGUACUCCAGGGACACCGGGCUCUGGACUACCCCGUAUGGACUAUACGUGCUCGUGUAUCACAAAAAUCAACCAUCCGAACGUGGAGCAAACAAGGUCGUGAUGGGAAACUUUUUAAUUUUACGUUGGUUGAUGAAAGUGGUGAAAUCCGUGUAACUGCAUUUAACGCCGAAGUAGACAAGUUUCAUGACUUGAUUCAGAUGAACAAGGUGUACUACGUUAGUCGAGCGAAUCUAAAGGCCGCCAAUAAACAGUUUAACACAACUAACAAUGACUAUGAAAUGACACUUCAUGCUGACAGUCAAGUCCUUCUUUGUGAAGAUGCGGACACAAGUUCUUUGCCAGAAACUCAUUUCAAUUUCGUUCCAAUAGGAAAAUUGGAUACAAAUUCUCCUGGGACUUUUGUGGAUGUUGUUGGAGUUGUACAUGAAUGUGGGGAAGUGCAAACGAUCACAGCCAAAGCUUCUCAACGGGAAUUACGUAAACGAGAAUUGGGAAUAGUGGAUAGUUCCAAUUGUUUGGUGCGUCUUACAUUAUGGGGUGAAGAAGCUGAAAAUUUCGAUGGCACCAAUCAUCCUGUCAUUGUUGUGAAAGCAGCGAAAAUAUCCGACUUUAAUGGUCGAUCUCUUUCUGUAGGUCCAACAUCAUCUAUCCUUGUUACUCCUACUAAUAUCCCAGAAGCUAUACGUCUGAAAGGCUGGUAUGAACAUGAAGGACGCUAUUCUAACUUUGAAACCUUCCGAAGUGAAAUGAUUGGAUCUGCAGCUGGAGGAGAUGGAUCAUCUGGUCCACCUGGUGUUUUAGGUGGUUGGAAUCUGUUACAAGACGUUAAAGCAUCGGGUGUAGGAGCAAAUGUAAAGGCAGAUUAUUUCACUUGCAAGGCUACUGUUGUCUUCAUGAAGAAAGAGAACUUUAUGUAUCAAGCAUGCUUUACUGAAGGAUGUAAUAAGAAGGUGGUGGACUUAGGCAAUGGCUUGUAUCGGUGUGAAAAAUGCGCUCGGGAGACACCGGAUUAUAAAUGGCGCCUACUCCUAAUGGUUAAAAUAGCUGAUGUCACAGGAGAUUUAUGGGUUACUUGUUUCCAAGAUUCUGCAGAAGCUCUGCUUGGUCAGACAGCUGAUAAGUUGGGCACAAUGAAAUCAACACAAGAUGAGGGGCAAUUAGAAAAAGUAUUCAUUGAAGCAGCAUUUAACUCUUGGAUAUUUCGCUUGCGAGCUAAGGUUGACCGUUACAACGAUGAAGAACGUCUACGCGUUGUUGUUGCAGAUGUAAAACCAGUUGACUUAGUUGAUUAUGCCAGACGUUUAUCGAAGGCUAUUGUUGAUUUAUCAGCAACUUUAUCAAUCCAAUGA